ACGUGGAUCCUUAUACGUUGUCGGAGAAUCGGGCCUUACAUCACAUCAUUGCGGCUGCGACCGCGUCCACCAUCUCCGAGUCGCCCCCAGGAAUAUAUAAGCUCUCGCCCGACCUCGGCUUGUCUAAUGCCCUCAAUACGUGUCUUCGCAAGCGCUGGUGUCCUUGCUCUUGCUAUUGGCGCUGUCUAUCUCUUCCCAACCCGCAAGGUCUCUCCCACAGCCAUGUCCGACCCAUAUGUUGCCCUGCAGUACAACAUGGCCAAUACGCAUGACCUGUACAAGUCUGCGUACAAGACAAUACUGCCUCAUCUCGACAAUCCUCCACUCGACGACCUCGAUAACUUCCUCGGCUACACGCGAGCUUGGGCUUCCUCUAUCGUCGGCCACCACGACAGCGAAGAAGCUGUGCUCUUUCCCUUUCUCUCGAAGAAGGUCGAUUUCAGCAAAGAAAUCGAGCAACACGUCACUGUCGAGAAGGGUUUGAGUGAAAUCCUCAAAUACAUCGACCGGGCGCGUGCCGAACCCUCCACAUUCGAGGCAGCAAAGCUUAAGAAUCUCGUGGAAACGCUGGGUGGUCCAUUAUUCGAGCAUCUCGACCAAGAGGUUGAGGAUCUCGCGCCGGAGAAAUUGAAGGUCUUCACUGCUGAAGAGCUGACUCAAGCAGGGAAGGACCUGAUGGUGUAUGUCCGGGCACAUUCAGACAAAUAUGUCACCCUUCCCUUCAUGCGAUGUCAUACGCCUCCCGAGCUGAAGGAGACAUGGCCUCCAUUCCCGUGGAUCGUCAAGCGUCUGGUGGUCCCCUGGAUUCUCGCACCGAAAAACUCUGGAUAUUGGAAGUAUGCGCCGUACGAUAUGAGUUGA